AACCUAAAAUAUAUAUAUUUUUAUAGAAAAAGCGCUGAUAUGUUUCUGACUUUCAGUCAAUCAACAAGACUAAUUUAAAUUUACAUUUUUUUUUAACGUAGUCUGGUGUAAAUCUCGCUGUGUAAGAUGCAUCUGAGAUGUACUCUGUGUAAACUGUAAUAACGCUUCCAGACUGAUAGUAAUUAUCUACACACAUGUACACGUGUUGACGUGCACGCACAUAUUAAUGUUUACAAUAAACAGCUGACAGAAAUCAUUAUACAGCCUAAUCCUUCAUAUGCUCAUGAAUUAUGAAAACAAAAUGGAGUUGUGAAUAUCAGAGCAGGUCAGGUGUCAUUUUAAUACAUGUGACAGUAAACUGUUGUGUAUAGUGAAACUGUAUCAGUGGUGACUGUGUGUUCACGGGUUUGAUACCAGGAGCAUGUAGACAUAUGGAAGGCCUCCUGCAGUAACAACACUGUGACACAAAUGCAAACAUUUUGCACUUUACUGUGUUUUUUUCUCCAUAUAUUUAUAGCGUAUCAUUUUUUGUGUGACAUUUACUUUCUGUCUAGUCGUACUGCUUUGUGGUACUGAUCCGUUUAAUGUGAUAUGUGAUGUGAGAAAGUACCAUGAUGUGCAUCAGUGGUCUGAGGGUUGUGUGUUUUUACCCUCAGAUGGCCCGACGGAGCGCGAACACCAGCGUCCAGAUCCCGGACCCUAACCGUCCCGGACCCCCACCUGACAACGACCCUGGCAGGACGAUUACAGUCCCUCCAACCAGGAGCACGGCAGAUCAACGCUUCACGUGUAGGCCUUUCCUCAUCCAGGACCCCAACCGGCCCGACGCCCCACGGAUCAUCCUCCGUAGGAUCCCAGCUUCAACGCGCUGUGACCCUGGGCGUUCACAUCGGCCAUCCACUCCCUCCUCUCCCCCAAGCUCCCCCCAAAGGCCAGGCAAGAGAAGUUUCUCUGAACCACCUGAGGUUCCCGGUGAGCCUGGAAAGGUAAGUGAGCCUGGAAAGGUAAGUCUAAAGAACAGGAGGCUUGAUCCGGAGUGGAGGAACCAGUUUUACAGCUGGUGGGGCAACAAGGCCCCUGGACCUCCAGGCAUUCAGGUAAGUCCACCUAAACCCCCUCAGGGACCCG